UUCCUGUGUGCCACCAUGACCGUGAUGGCUGGAGAGAACAUGGACGAGACCUCUGCGCUACCUGGCCACCCCCAGGAUAGCUACCAGCCCGCUGCCCACGACGACCACGAGUGCUGUGAGCGCGUGGUGAUAAACAUUGCGGGACUGCGCUUCGAGACGCAGCUCAAGACUCUAGCCCAGUUCCCCAACACGCUGCUGGGCAACCCCAAGAAGCGCAUGCGCUACUUCGACCCCUUGCGCAACGAGUACUUCUUCGACCGCAACCGGCCCAGCUUCGACGCCAUCCUCUACUACUACCAGUCCGGGGGACGGCUGCGUCGGCCCGUCAAUGUCCCCCUGGACAUGUUCUCUGAGGAGAUCAAAUUUUAUGAGCUGGGUGAGGAGGCCAUGGAGAAGUUCCGGGAAGAUGAGGGAUUCAUUAAAGAUGAGGAGAGACCCUUGCCGGAGGGGGAGUACCAGCGCCAAGUGUGGCUCCUCUUUGAGUACCCAGAGAGCUCUGGGCCGGCAAGGGUUAUUGCCAUAGUCUCUGUCAUGGUGAUCCUCAUCUCCAUCGUGAUCUUCUGCCUAGAGACGUUACCUGAGCUCAAGGAGGACAAGGAGUACACAGUGCACCGCACUGACAACACCACCCAGGUGUACAAAUCCAACAUCUUCACAGAUCCCUUCUUUGUCGUGGAGACCCUGUGCAUCAUCUGGUUCUCCUUUGAACUGGUGGUGCGCUUCUUUGCUUGCCCUAGCAAGACUGAUUUCUUCAAGAACAUAAUGAACUUCAUUGACAUUGUGGCCAUCAUCCCUUACUUCAUCACGCUGGGCACGGAGAUGGCCGAGCGGGAGGGGACUCAGAAAGGAGAGCAGGCCACCUCCUUGGCCAUCCUGAGAGUCAUCAGACUGGUAAGAGUCUUUCGAAUCUUCAAACUCUCCCGGCACUCUAAGGGCCUCCAGAUUUUGGGACAGACCCUCAAAGCAAGUAUGAGAGAGCUAGGUUUACUAAUCUUCUUCCUCUUCAUUGGGGUGAUUUUGUUCUCUAGUGCGGUAUAUUUUGCUGAGGCUGAAGAACCUGAGUCUCAUUUCACAAGUAUCCCUGAUGCUUUCUGGUGGGCGGUGGUAUCCAUGACCACUGUGGGAUAUGGUGACAUGUACCCUGUGACAAUUGGAGGCAAAAUCGUAGGCUCUUUGUGUGCCAUCGCUGGUGUGCUGACAAUUGCCCUGCCUGUACCUGUCAUCGUGUCCAACUUCAACUACUUCUACCACCGAGAAACAGAAGGGGAAGAGCAGGCUCAGUUACUUCACGUUAGCUCCCCUAAUUUAGCAUCUGACAGUGAUCUCAGUCGCCGCAGCUCCUCCACAAUCAGCAAAUCUGAGUACAUGGAAAUCGAAGAGGAUAUGAAUAAUAGCAUAGACAAUUUUAGAGAGGCUAAUCUCAGAACUGGCAACUGCACUGUAGCCAACCAAAACUGCGUUAAUAAAAGCAAGCUGCUGACUGAUGUGUAAACAAAAACAAAACAAAACAAAGUCCCCACUCACAGCUUGAAGACUUUAGUGACACAGUCACACUUUGUAGAUGCUUUACUGAUAGUCUUUGAAUGCUUUAUUUACCUCGUAAAUGCAUUGCUGCAUUGCAAAUCUUUGCUCUGCGAUAAAGAAGCUUCCAGGAUCCACGAAAGAUAAAGUUUUGUUUAUUUUCAAAAAAAAAAAUUUCCACCUGGUAAAUGAUAACCAUUUGAACUAGUUUAGUUUUAAGCCGUUAUGACACUAGACCUAAACUUUUCCUGUCCUCUUUAUUUUUUUCCUUUUUUUUUUUUUCUUUUUGGAUAAAGUUAUCUUAAACUAAGCAAGACAGUUUUUAGAGCUAUUAAGCAUAUGCAUGGAUUCCAGUAAAAAUAUUCUGCGAAACUACACAGUUGCAAGAAAGUGCAUCAGAUAAUAAUAGUAAAAAAAGAUCAGCCAAAACCCGCGGCAAGCAUUUGCCGUGGUGUUUAUGAAGGAGUGCAAAUUUUCCUUCCGCCCCCUCUGUGAAAGAUUCCAUCCUUCCAACCUACAGAUCCACACAGCACCUUAUUAAAAAACCUUCUUAAGCCUGGUCUCUUUUGCUGUCCAUAGAAGAAAUAUCCUAAAAGGAGAAUAACAAACAAAACUGAAGACAAAACAUCUGCAAUGCUGCUAAGUUCUCUCACAUGCAGAUGAUAGGAACGCACUUUUCUCCCCUCCUCCCUGUUCCGAACUGGAUACAAAACUUUAAGCCCCUCUGUUGCAAGAUAGCACAAUGGAGUUUAAUAUAAGCAUGUUUGAAUUUGAUACUAUUUAUUUUAUGAUCGCAUGCUUGAAACGUUACCUCAGACAAUAGCGGAUAAGCUUUCGUUUGAACUGAAUCUUCUAAAAAUAGGUCCUUUCU